AUGUCUCUUUCUAAAGGAGGGAAGAAGAAGAACCCAGGCCUCAAGCUCUCCAAAGAGGUCUUUGAUCAGCCCCCACCUGCAGCUGCAGCCCCCCCUCGAGAUCUGGAUUCCAAAGCCUGUGUUACCAUUGGAGAAAAGAACUUUGUUGUGAAGGCAGAUGACUUGGAGCAGAUUGGGGAGCUGGGUAGAGGAGCGUAUGGUGUGGUGGACAAGAUGAGACAUGUGCCCAGUGGGCUUAUCAUGGCCGUCAAGAGGAUCCGGGCCACAGUGAACACCCUGGAGCAGAAGAGACUGCUGAUGGACCUGGACAUCUCCAUGAGGACCGUGGACUGCUUCUUCACGGUCACCUUCUACGGCGCUCUCUUCAGAGAGGGUGACGUGUGGAUCUGCAUGGAGCUGAUGGACACGUCUCUGGAUAAGUUCUACAAGCAGGUGAUAGAUAAAGGCAUGACCAUCCCUGAAGACAUCCUGGGGAAGAUCACUGUAGCGAUCGUCAAGGCUUUGGAGCAUCUGCAUAACAAACUUUCAGUGAUACACCGAGAUGUGAAACCGUCCAACGUGCUGAUCAACACACAGGGCCAGGUGAAGAUGUGUGACUUUGGCAUCAGCGGCCACCUGGUGGACUCUGUGGCCAAGACCAUGGACGCCGGCUGCAAGCCCUACAUGGCGCCGGAACGGAUAAACCCCGACCUCAACCAGAAAGGCUACAGCGUCAAGUCAGACAUCUGGAGUCUAGGAAUCACAAUGAUUGAGCUGGCCAUUCUGAAGUUCCCCUAUGACUCGUGGGGUACACCCUUCCAGCAACUGAAGCAGGUAGUGGAUGAGCCCUCUCCACAGCUGCCCUCGGACCGCUUCUCCCCUGAGUUUGUGGACUUCAGCUCCCAGUGCUUAAGAAAGAAACCCAACGAGAGACCUGCCUACACAGAAUUAAUGCAACACCCCUUUUUCACCCUGCAUGACUCCAAAGAGACGGACGUAGCCAGCUUUGUCAAGAUCAUCCUGGCAGACUGACACGCCCCUCCACCCACCAGGGUAGGAGCUGGCGGGACUUCUCCACCCACCAAUCCAAGGCCUUUCAGAAAGCUCACUGGAAUUGAUCUGCCACA